CUCUAUUCCUAUUCCUGUUGUCCUGGUUGGAGACAUAAUUUCAUUAUCGUUAGCAAUAUUCACAUUAAUACUUGUCGACAGCAUUUUCACCAUGGAAGAAACUUUGAUCCCCCUCAACGACAAUUCCGCCAAGGCAGCUAAGUCGCCCAGUCGCUCCAACUCGUUUGGUUCGGACAAAGACAUUAGUCUUCACGAAGACGGAGAAGACAACACCCUUGACUACCGAAUUCAUGCCAAGCACGGUCAAAAUGCAAAGACUCUUUCGCUUUGGCACGAUAUCAGUUUGUCUCACAUCGAUGCCGAUACUGGAAAGCAAACUGAGUACUACAACUUUGUUUGUGAAAUUCCGAAAUUCACCAGGUACGAGCGGGAAAGAGACCAAAAUAUUAGCAGGAAGAAAAGCAUUUUUGUUGACGAGAUCAAUCGAAUACCAUUCCAUCUGGUGUUGGAUCGAUCUGAUAUUGUUUUUCAAAGUAGAGACGCUAAAUAAUCGCCUUUUGUUUCACUUUCUACCGCAGAAAAAAAUACGAGAUCGCUACUGAUGAGGAGUUCACCCCUAUCAAACAAGACGAAAAAAAAGGAAAGCUUCGAGAGGUAAGUAGUCCAAUUGCAAAAACCAUGCUUGAUCUAAUGUUUGGCCAAUAUGCGCCGAUGUGCUGCACAAACGACUCACAUUUUUGUCUCUUUCUUGCAUUGCAUUGCAAACCACCUGGACUCAGUUCAAAAAAGGAGACAUCUUUUUCAACUAUGGGUGUUUCCCCCAGACAUGGGAGGACCCCACCUUUGUCCACCCCGAUGCUGAGGGUUGCCGAGGUGACAACGAUCCUUUGGAUGUUUGCGAAAUUGGUGCAAGAAUUGUCAAGUGUGGUGUAAGUUUGUGAAAUCUGAUUUUUGCCACUGAACUUAAAUUUUGGUUGACGGUUACAUCGCGUUUCCUUCUUGUAUCUCACUGAAUUUACAUCUCCCAUCUCCUUUUGAAUUCAGGGUAUCCGACCUGUCAAAAUUCUUGGCAUUUUGAUGAUGAUCGAUGAAGGUGAAGCUGACUGGAAGCUCAUCACCAUCGACAAAGACGACAAAUGGGCCCCUUUCAUGAAUGACAUCAACGAUGUUGACGAGCAGAUGCCUGGUAUGUUGGAUGCCAUUCGUGAAUGGUACAGAACGUACAAGAUACCCGAUGGAAAGCCCCCGAACACCUUCGGCCUCGACGAAAAGUUUAUGAACAAAGCAUACGCCUUGGAAAUUAUGGCAGAAUGCAACCACGCGUGGAAGGAAUUGAUCUCUGGUGAAAAGGUGAGGAAGAUGGGUGACAAUAACGGCCACACAGAAGAGGUGAAGAAACUUGUCAGAAAGCUCUCCACAAAUUCUCUGGCUGCUCUGGGUACCAAUCUGGAUGAGCACGAUUUCCCUGAUACCGGGGAUGACGAUGAUGCCCCGGCCUUUUAAGUACCAAUGGCCACGGAGCAACACCGACCUCAUCGCUGCUCGACUCUUGCCAUGGUCGUUGCAUUGCAGCGAGUCAAAGUUCAUCUCUUCAUACUACAAAUUCCACAUGGACUACACGUAAACACAUUGCGAAAUAGAAAAUAUCAAAUAAAUAAUACACAAAACAAAACGUUCUCGAAACGUAAACAUCACACGUCAUGUACAGAGCGACAUCUCAUUUCUAUUGUUGGACAGUAAUCAUGAUCAGAUCACGAAAUCUUCUUCGGGUACCUGAUGGUGAAGUGAUUCUCUUACAAACCGAAGCUAAAGAGUACAAAUAUAUUUUCGGAGAUGAAAUGUUACACUGAAUUCAAGACUGACGAAGACCAGUAGUUUCGCUGUAAUGUGUUCUAAUUUUCCAGACUUGAUUGCUAUCUGGGAAGACGUUGGUGAUGAUCAUGUAUGCUCAAAUCUUACGCUAAA